AUGAAAUAUCAUAUUCCAUCACUCCGAUCACAGCCUGGCUGUUUUGUGCCAAAACUUGCGACAAGCAAAGUUACGUUUUCUGAUGGCCUCACCUUUCAACGCAUCAUCCUCAUCGUCGCUGCCGCCACCACCGGAGCGACUAUCCUUAUCACCUUGUUUCUCACGGGGCUCCAUAUCCGUUACUACACGAAUCCUGCCGAGCAGAGGCUGAUCAUACGGAUCAUAUGGAUCCCUGCCAUCUUCUCCAUCUUCGGUCCUGCUUGUAUCUCGUCCUACACUGCCGCUCCAUACAUCGAGCCAUUUGCAAAACUAUGCGAAACCAUCGCUCUCGCCUCAAUAUUCCUGCUUUGCGUCAACUUUAUUGUUCCGGAUCCGCUCUCAGCUUCAAACACAACGAUCGGUGAUCUAUGCGUAGAGGUCGGGUGUCGGGGUAACCCAAGCAGCCUCAGAGACAAGCUCCGAAGAAGCAAGAGCAGCGCUCUCUGGCUCAAGAGAGCCUGGAUAGCUGUUUUCCAAUACCCCGUCAUUGUCUUCGCAACAACAAUCGCAACAGAGGUCACCAUCGCAAUCCUCUGUCCCACAUCGCUUGCCUACAGCCGUGCCCGCCUCGUCAUUCGCAUCGUCAACGCCAUCUCCACCUCCGCCGCCAUCACCGCCAUUGUCAACUAUUCCAUCCGCUUGAAGAAGAGCCUCGAGGGCCGACGCGUCGGCCCAAAGCUCGUAUGCUGUAAGGGACUUGUGAUUCUAGCUACACUAGAACUCGUUGUCUUCGCCGCAGUAGACCGCGUCACACUUCGAGAUGCCACGCCCCGCCUUACCUACUUCGACUGGAUCAUUGGCGUACCUUCAAUCAUCAUCUGUCUUGAAAUGGUCCUCUUCAUCAUCUCCUUCAUCUGGGCCUUUCCACCUUCUCCCUACCGGCGACUCGGUCCCUCUAGCAGCUUUAGGAGUCGCUUGAUUCACGCUGUUGCUGAUGCUGUCAAUCUUAUCAAUAUAGCUAAGGGCAUUGUCAUGGCCUUUGGGAGUCUCAAGGUGGCGAGAACGACGGCUGCGGAUGGUAUGCUCCAGUCUGGAUAUGUCGCUGCUAAGACUGAGGAUCGUACUGGAGACUAUGGUGAGCUUUGA